AUGGAAGAUAAUCAUGGAUACAAUGGGGUCAGCUCCAUGCCUAUUGAACAUAAACCAUCGGAAAUAGAGCUUGAACGCAGGGGAGCAGCAGAUACUGGUAAGGAAAUUAUCGAAUAUUCUGAUGAAAUCACUGAAAAGCCAGCAAGAAGUAACGAAGAGCAACCAAGUGGGCCUGAAGAAGACAGUGAAAGUGAUUCGGAUGAGGAGGAGACUCCUCCUCUGCUCAAAUAUACCAGACUAAAUAAGCUGCCGACGAAUUUCUUCAACCGAGAUUCAAUAUCAGCAUGUUUAUUUCAAGAGGAGUUCUUCGCAUUUGGCACUCAUUCAGGACUGCUACACCUGACAUUGCCAGAUUUCACUCCCAUCCAAACUUUGAAGUUGCAUCGCUCAUCGAUCCUUUCGAUUCACUCAGAUAACAUAUACUUUGCCACAGGCUCGAUCGAUGGGACGGUGGCUAUAGGACUGUUGGAAGAUCCUUCCAACAUAACAUCGUUUGAUUUCAGGAGGCCAAUUCAGGCUGUUGUUUUGAGUGAAGAUUAUGCGACACAUAAAACUUUCGUCUCUGGCGGAAUGGCUGGUGAAGUGAUCCUUUCUCAGAGGAAUUGGCUAGGCAACAGAGUGGAUACAACGUUGGUCAAAGGUGAAGGGCCUAUUAUGGGGAUCUUCACAAUAGGUGAUAUCAUCCUGUGGAUGAAUGAUGCGGGAAUCACUUUUUGCAGCAUUCAUUCCAAGACUCAGCUUCUUAAUGUCAAGUUUCCAAAUGACGGGAGCGAUGAAGUUCGGCCUGCUUUGUAUAAGCCCCAUGUCCACUUCCCCGAGAGCGAUAGAAUACUUGUGGGUUGGGGAAGACAUAUUUGGAUGUUCAAAGUGUCUUUAAAAAGUAGCAUAGAUUACGGAAAGAAUCUGGGCUCUAUUCUUUCCAGUGCAGCAUCGAGCUUGAGGGCUAUUCCCGACAAGAAAGUCGAAUUAGAGCAUUAUUUUCAGCUGCGAUUACAAAUAGCAGGUGUUGCGUCUUUUAAGGACGAUCAAAUUCUGUGUUUGGGAUUCGACAUUGAGAGUAAAGAAAACUCGAAUAUUCCAGAACUGCAGGUUAUAGAUGCUGUGAGCGGCCUAGAUGUUUACAGCGACGAGGUGAUAUCUAAAAACUAUAAGAACCUAUCGCUCAAUGAUUACCAUUUGGGUAAGCAUAUUAAUCAAACUCUACCGGAGUAUUUCCUCAUUAGUGCAAAGGAUAGUAUUCGAAUACAGGUGUUCUCCUUGAAUGACCAUUACAAUUGGUAUCUCACUAAAGGUAAUUAUCUGAAAGCUUGGGAAAUAGGAAAAUAUGCUGUCAGCCCAGACGAGCGAUUGACCACUGGCUUUAAAUAUGUUUAUCAGCUUCUUGAUGAUGAGCAGUGGGAAUGUGCAGUUUCUUUCAUUACCUCGUUGAUCGCCAGUAAUGCUAAAGAAGGACAGCAGAUGGAUCGGCUCUUGGAAGAAAGUCGGAAGGUGUUCAUGAUUUUCAUAGAUAAUGGGAAGGUGGACUCUCUAACAGAAUGUAUUCCAACAGAGCCACGACUUGAUAAAUCGAUCUAUGAUGCCAUACUGAACUACUACUUGGAGGAGCGAAAGUUGGAGAAAUUCAUGAACUGCAUCCAUAAAUGGCCGUUAAACGUUUAUUCAUUUCAAGGGCUUCAAGAUCGGCUAGAAGAAAAGAUUGAAAAACACGAUACGUUUGAAAAUAUCUACAGAGACGCCAUUAUUCAUAUGUAUUUGAUUCAGAAGCUUUACGUUAAAGCCGUUCCCCACAUGAUCAAGAGAAAAGACAUCAGAGUACUAGACAUACUUCUUACCCAUAACCUGGCUUCGCAAAUUACGUUAAGCAUCCUCGAUUUAGUUCUUCUACCGUAUGAUGAUAGCAUAAAAAGCCUGAAUAAACUGUCGAUAACGGAUGCCCAGAAGAUUUUCCAAAAGCCGAUAAACUUGUUGGUCUCUAAUCGACACAGCUUCCAAACCAGCAAAGUGGUUGACACUCUGUCGAAUCCGAAAGAGCUGGGUCUGAUCCUCUUCCUUUAUUUAAGCAGACUCUCUGUGAUCGAUCCCGAUUUGACUGCAAAGUACGAGAAUGAUUUAAUUGGCCUCUAUGCUGAGUUUCAAAAAGGCCAGCUUCUAGAGUUCCUGAAAAGGAGAUCUAAUUAUGAUCUCGAGAAAGCCAUUGAAUUUUGCUCCAAUCGUCACGGUUUCCAUAACGAAUUAAUAUAUCUUUGGGGUAAGAUCGGCGAGAACAAGAAAGCUUUGUCACUGAUAAUCGAUGAACUGAAUGACCCUAACCUUGCCAUAGAGUUUGUGAAAAACUGGGGUGAUGCUGACCUAUGGGUGUUUAUGGUCAGUUACAGUAUGGAUAAGCCUAAAUUCAUUAAAGCGUUGUUAGAUUCUCCUGAUCAGUUCGGAAAAACGUACCUUGAGGUAAUAAGGGCAAUGCCGCCUGAUUUGCAUGUUAGUGGUCUUAAGUCAACGGUCGUUCGAAUUUCCAGGGACAACGCCUUGACCUUACAGGUCAGCAGAAAUGUUUUCAAGAUAAUCGACGAUGAAACAAGAGAAUACGGCUUGGAAUAUUUGAAGUAUAUGACUAUGGGUAAGGUCUUCCAUGUCGAAGAAAAGAAUCGUUGGAAAUCAUAA